AGAGGAAAUGUGCACUGUCAAACCAAGCGAGAGGAGUUUCUCCUUGUGGAAGUGUGACAGCCCUGGAGUCCAUGGGGGCUCAUCCAGACCAGGGGAGUGGUUAGCCUGGCUCUUCAGCACGAUUUGUGUCAACACCAGUACUAAAGGUGGGCCUUGACUGUACCAAAAUGCUCUGCUGAGAUCUUCCUCUCCAAACUGAGACCUAUACUACUAGUGCUGGAAGUGGACCUGCCCCAUGAAAGAAAAUGGAUUUAUGUUAGCAGAUGGUGGCUUAAUGUGUGAUGGAAAACUUCGUACUUCUUCACAGAGCCAACGUCGAGUGAAGUUUCGGCUGGUGAGUAAGUCAAGGUUGGAGCCAGAGAGCAAAAUGCUGGAGAAGAUUCAGAAGAUGCUGACAAUCCGUAGCAACUCCAUCAGGGAGCUGCUGGCAGAAGCACUGGGGAUGUACAUACUGAUGGUCUUGGGCUUAUCCUCUGUGGCACAAACAGUAUUAGGAAAAGGAGAAUUUGGGCAGUAUCUGAGCAUCAAUUUGGGAUUUGGCAUUGGCGUCACCAUGGGGAUCCAUGCAGCUGGAGGCAUCUCUGGAGCUCAUCUGAAUGCUGCCAUCACACUCACUCAUUGCAUGUUUGGAAACCUCCCCUGGAGAAAACUUCCAGUUUAUCUGCUUGGCCAGUUCCUGGGCUCCUUUCUGGCAGCAGCCACCAUCUUUGGACUCUACUAUGAUGCACUGCAUGACUACACCAACGGGAAUUUUACGGUGACAGGACCAACUGCCACAGCAUCGAUCUUCUCCACUUACCCUUCUCCCUAUAUGUCCUUAACGGGGGGCUUUUUCACAGAGUUUAUAGCAACGGUGAUGUUGCUCUUGGGCAUUUUGGUCAUCCAUGAUGAGAAAAAUAACGGAGCCCUGAAAGGCACACAUGCUCUGGUCACAGGUAUCCUGGUUCUGGGCAUUGGUAUGGGAAUGGGAAUGAAUACAGGCUAUGCCAUAAACCCCUCCCGGGACCUGCCACCAAGAAUCUUCACAGCAAUUGCUGGCUGGGGAGUAGAUGUCUUCAGGGCUGGAAAUUACUGGUGGUGGGUGCCAGUCGUAGCUCCGACACUGGGAAGUCUUGCAGGUGGUUUAAUCCACAAACUCUUGAUUGAUAUUCACAAUCAACCUGUCCUGGAGCGUGGAAAUGAGAAAGGACAGACAGUCGUUGAGAGUUCCACGUUGUGAAGGCCAUGUGCUCCCAGGAAACAUCCUGACAGCAAAUCCUGGGUGGGCACUUGCAUUGACAGUCAAAGAGUAACCAAGUGGGUAAGGGCAUGUGCAAUGGCAUUGCUGAGGUGCAUGCUUUUCUCACUCUGCAGGUGGAUAAAUGAGAGAGUAGCUUAAAAUAAAUCUGUUCUGCUUAACCAGACAAACAGGGUCUCUGAGACACUGGGCAGACCUGAGAAGGGCUAGACUGUCUAUGAACUGAAGAAAUUAUUCAGUCUUUCUGAGUCAAAAUCUGCCCCCCAAAAUCACAUUCUGGAGAUGCAAGACUCCAGUUAUCUGUAAGUUCAUUGCAAUCAAAUAUAAGAAGAUUCAACAUGGCUGGAAUAAAAAUCAGUCAAGUGAAAAUCAGGGGAUACCUACACUAUUGCAGAAACAAAGAAGUUUUGAUCUGGAAUAUUCUGCUAAAAAAUAGUAGAUAUUACACUGAUGAAUCAGGGGCUCAGAUUUGCUUCCAUUUGCUGAUCUGCCACCAUAACUAUUAUCCUGUUUGUCAGAGCACAGAGAAUCAGAAAAUGGCUUGGGUUGGAGGGGACCCUGAAGAUCAUCUAGUUCCAGCCGCCUGCAGUGGGCAAUGGGCAGGGUUGCCAACCACUAAAGCAGGCUGCCAAAGGCCCCAUUCAACCUGGCCUUGAGUGUCUGUCGAGAAAACCAAGGACAGAAAGAAACUGUCUGGAGGGUUUUCCUUGCUGGACAUAGCCUCACUGGAACAGGCUAGAUGUUUUGCACUAUGCAGGUGUGAUGGAGUCACAUGUAUUAUUACUGAUGGAUUAGACUUUAACUACAACCUUAUGAGAGGAUUCAGACAACUUCUGUGGCAGCAUCUCCAGAUGUCAAAAAAACUUGAUUCUCCACUUUGAUUGUAAGAGAAACAUGGGAGUACACCACUGUGCUCCUGCAUUAAUUCUGUGACAUACAUCUGAAUGAGGAAAUGGGCAAGCAGUAGCCUUGCAAAUCUGUAGCACCAUUGGACUAAAAGUACACCACCAUCAGCAGUAUCAGCCUAUCUCCAGGCUGGGUGAUACGGCAAAAUUUCUGGGAGAUGCUUUAGCAAGUGUGGUACAUAUGUCAGGGAUAUGAUUGUGGUACAAGGGCUGGACACUACAGAGACACAAUACAGGGCUCUACAAGGUUGGGAACUGACAGAUCAUCACUGUUAUACAGUGUUUCAAAAACUGGCAUUUACUGGCUUUAACAACCAUUCACGUUGCACUACUAAAAGGUUUACUACUGUAUUACUGUGGCAUGGGAUUAGAUGGUACGUAUCGUAUCUGUUUCCUGAUUAGAGUUCACCUUUUAUUAGUAGAGCAGCUACUCUGGGCACAAGAUGCACAGCAGUGUAAAAGGGCAAAAGAGCACUAGAUGAUUUUCUUAUGCAGAGCGUGGUAGAGGGCAGAUGUCAGACAACUGCUGGGGUUUCUGUGAGCAAUCUCUGUUAAGGGUGGGCUGUAGUAAGUGCUAGAAGCCAGCAAGGCAUGUCAGAGCCACAGAUGCUGGCUGCAGAAAUUUUGAACAGUGAACAUAGGACGGAAGUAGAAAAGCUGUUACACAGAUGAGUCUUUUUUGUCUAUGCAGCUCAAGGUGGCAUCAGCUUAAAAGACACAGUAAUUUAUCCCUUCUCAGUGAAAGUCUCUUCACUGCAUUAAAACAAAAACAAUCCAGCCUAUACCCUACUGUUGCUGUACAUCCUUGUGCAUGUGCUCCUAAAGGUAUUUCAAAUACCCAAUGACUCUGGAGGAAAAUAUUUAAAUCUUUAUUAAAAUACUACUGAGCACUUAACAGGGUGGCUUCAUCUUCCUGACAACCAUACAAACACUUGCAAAAGACUCACAACAUCCCUGUGAGGUAGGUUGGUCUUUUGUAAUUAUGUGAGCAUUUCAUAAAUAAAAAAAAUGCUGUUAUUUAAAUAAUGAACUCA